AACCUAAUAGAUGCCUGAAAUUCAGGCUAGAAAAAGGGUCGAAAAAGUGAAGAAUUGUUUUUUUACGCUGGGUAGCUAGUAGAACGAAUGUAUGACGUGGGAGAUGAGAGAGCGGAAGAAAUAAACAAUUUUAAGGCUGGUUUUCGGCAUAGUAAUUGUUAGCAGGAAAUGACGCGUCCCACGCAAGUACUCCUCCAUCACGUGCUCACAUUUCGGACAGUUUUCAGUCAUGUCGGCAAUCUUCUGCAAUGCCCCUCCCCGAUAAGUAAGCGUGACACCGCAAAAUAUUCGCCAAGUCAUUCUCGGCGCGCAAUGCAUCCCGGGUCAAGGCCAGCUGGCAUAUAAACAACACGAAGGUGCGACAAGUGUACUGAACUCAGAAGAAGAAAAACAGGCGUAAAAGUCUACAAGUGUACCACAGAGAUUUUGAUACACGAAAGAAAAUGGUUGUGGCUCGAGGUGUAGAUCGUAUCGAAAAGUCCCGGCAGAUGAGAGAAGGCGGUGGAUUUUUAGUUCGUAGACCCAUCGGGGACCGCAUCGAUCAGUGCGACCCGUUCUUGAUGUUGGAUCAUUUAGGACCGGUAGUUUAUGGACCAGGAGAGGCUGUUGGGGCACCUGAUCACCCUCAUCGAGGAUUCGAGACCGUUUCAUAUCUUAUUGAUGGUGAGAUAAAACACCAAGACAGUGCUGGAAACAGUGGUGUUUUAAAAGAAGGCUGGGUUCAGUGGAUGACGGCAGGGUCCGGUGUUGUUCACAGUGAAAUGCCGUCAGAUGAAUUUUUGAAGAGAGGUGGAAAAUCAGAGGGUUUUCAGCUCUGGGUAAACUUACCAGCAAAAGACAAGAUGAUCAAAGCACGAUACCAGGAUACUGAUACUAAGAAAAUUCCUGUAGUCAGCAGCCCAGACGGAAAGACCAAAGUCAAGGUCAUUGCAGGAGAGAGCCUGGGGGCUAAAGCUGUGAUAGACACACGAACACCAAUAAUGUUCCUGGACAUUCAUGUGCAGGCUGGUGGAACGUUUGUCCAGGAUGUUCCAGAAGAAUUCAAUGGAUUUGCAUAUGUCUGGAGAGGCGCUGGCUCAUUUACAGAGGAAAGAAUCUCUGUGGAGAUGGGAAUGGUUGCUGUGCUUGGAAAAGGAAACACUUUUCAAAUCAAUGCAAGUCCAAGUGAAGACAUUCAUGUGUUGGUGAUAGCAGGAGUGCCAUUGAAAGAAGCCAUUGCUCGUCAUGGGCCUUUUGUUAUGAAUACCUGGGAGGAGAUUGAGCAGGCCUUUAGUGACUUCCAAUCUGGCAAACUUGGCUCCAUUGCAGGAUCUGAAGAACGUUACGCCAAGACACAGAAAGCAGUUAGUAAACAGAAAGCAUCAGGAACAUGGAACAAAAAGUAGACUUAUAUAAUAUAUAUAACCAUGUUAGCUUAGCUUUGUCAAGACUUUUUUUUAAAAAGUCUUUUACUUAAUAGCUGGAGUGGACAAACUGCCUGAAAUUAUUUUGUUUAUUAUUUAUUCAAAAAAUAUUUUGUCAAAUACUUUAAUUGGUUCUUUUGUAGGUUUAUUGCAAAAGCCAGACCUCAGUUUUACUUAAUUUUGUUUAGUUAGACUGUAACCUUUCCUCAACAUAUUAAGUAACACAAAAUUCCAGGUUUUGUGACCUUGGAGGUCACUGCAGACUUAGGGAUGUCAUCCAAGACAUUUUUUAUGCAUGUGUUUUUAGACAAAACCAUGGAAAACUAUAGUCAAGUUUGUAGAUGAAGCUUUAGUGUUAGAGUAAUAUCGUCAUACGUUACGGGUCAUAGAAAUAAAAGCUUUGGAACACUGAUGAA